AAAAUUUAGGGUUUUGCCAAAAAAAAAAUUAUAUAUUUUUUUUUCAAAUUUCUCUAAUUUGAUGAAAAACUCUAACUGUUCGUAUAAUGAAGUGUCCUUGAAGUCAGUUUCAAAAAGGUUGGUGACCCCUGAUUUAAACCUUGCCCUUCCUGACACAACUCACUCAGGGAUUUGGGGGAUUAGGCCGCCUGGUGGCGGAUAGCGAUCACUGCCACUGCACCACUGUAGCCCAAGACAUGUUUUUAACCACGGUCUCAUGUGUUUAACAAUAUUUUGACGACCAAAUGUAUUUGUUUUCAUUUUAUUUAAAUUUCCAGGGUGAUGUCUUUCAUUGAGAAAAGCGUGGCCAGACUGGACCAGCUGGACCGACUGGAGGCUCUGGCUCUGGAGUUGGGGAAAAGUCAUUUUCACUACAACGCCUCGCCCAAAUACUACAGUUAUGUCGGAGCCGAAUUCAUCUGUGCCGUGCAGCCCAUCCUGAAGGAGAGGUGGACGCCUGAGCUGGAGGAGGCGUGGAAGGUAAGGAGCGUCGCUGAGUGUCAGCCCACACGCGCGUCUUCUUACGUGGGCGUUAAUCAACAACAAAACAGUCUGGGGAAAAUUCUCAUUGUUGCUGGAUUGAUGUGCGUCAGCAACAGCGCCGAGUGUCUGACACCGAGCAACAGACGAUCCAGCUAACCUGUCAGGGUAGGAGUCUGCAGAUUGACAACAAUCUGGGAGGGAGGGGGGGGUGGUUUGGGGGUGGCACACUGUGAUGACACCAAUCUACAGGCCACGUUAUUAGGAGCGCGAUUUUACUGGCUCCGUAGUGCAGUGACUCACAGUCUGUGUGCCGUAGUACCUCAGUGUGCCAUUAGAGGUCAUCAGGUGCUCUGUGGAAAAUUGCCCAUUUCUACUUAGUUGGUAUAAAAACCAGUAUUUAUUUACUAAUAAUUUGUUCCUCGCCUGUGCAACAUUGACGGGCAGAAUUAAAUACUCUUCCACUAGGUGGCAGCAGAUAUCUAUCUCUCACUCCAUAUACCAUAUGCAUUUAUAUAUACACAUUUUAUAUAUAAUUACUUGUGGCCAAUUAAUUAAUUGAUAAUUAAAGACAGUCUGUGUUUAGAAGAGUGGUGCAGUGGAAACGUGCUGGACCCACAACCCAUAGGUUGAAGGAUCAAAACCAUCCUCUGCUACAAUAAUUUAACGCGCAGACCAUUUCACAGGAAAUCAUUUAAGAAUUUGGAGUAAAAACCAAACGACUUCCUAAAGCACUGGCUGUUUUACCAGUCCAAUGAAAUAACCACUGACUGUUUCUGUCUGUGAUCCAGACCAUGUUCCAGUACAUCACCAACCUGAUGAGGCAGGGCUACCACGAGGAGAGCUGCCGACAGCGCCACCUGACGCUUUCCCCAAAGGACAGACCAGAAAAAAGCAACACGGCACUAUGAGACCCUCCUCCCUCCUGGUCCCCCCCCAGCAGCGCCCCACACAGGCGUGUCUUUGUACAUAGUGUAUUUACUGUCCUGUUUUCUACACUGAUCGUCUGUCGACACUUUCAGCACUUUGUUUCUCUGAUGUAAAAAUCCUGCUGCAGAUCUGUAACGUAGUUGUGAUGAAGAGACCGAUUAGAAUUCCAGUCAAAUCUACUGCACGUCUCUGUAGCUGUAACACAAAAACCACGUGCAGUAAAUCUACAGGUUUCACUGAUUGACUUUGUAAAAACACACAGACUGGCGUUGCUGUACUGUACACUUUAUUGGUCUGUGACAAAUUAGUGAAUUUUACUUUGGAAUCUUAGCAUGUGGAUGUGGUUCAACAACCAACGGGGCACAUACAUGAUCAUUCAUUGUCCAAAAAACAUACAAAACUAAAUGUAUCUCCCAAAUCCAAGCAAAGACAAA